AUGGAGAACAAGUACUUCUGCUUGUAUCCUGCCUACAUGGAUUCAUCCAGGGCGCUUUCGGAGGGAAGGAAGUAUAGAAAAGAGAUUUGCAUUGAGAAGCCUCGAUACCAUGAAAUCAAAAAUGCCUUGGAAAAACUUGAAAUCGAAUGUGUCGAAGAGCCUUUGAAGAAGCAUCCUCGAGACUUCUUCAACAAUGGAAGGUUCCGGAUUAAAAAGGAGUAUGGAAAACUGUUUGUUGUAGAGGGAGUAAGCCAAACGAUUGCAGAGAUGAGAUCCUCUGCAAGAAGUGGGGGCAGUGUUUCUUCAGGAAAGCAGGCCCAUGGAAAGGUGGUGCAUGGAGUUGUUCAGAAGGGCGUGUAUGUUGAGAAUAAGCUUAAUCUUGUUAGGAAGAAAAAGACAAAGAAGAAAAAAUAA